AUGGAUAGUAUAGAUGAGUCAAGAUUGCCACUAGAAAUCAAAACCAAAUUAGCCGAACUCGAGAUUGAACUUUCUGAAGGUGAUAUCACAGAAAAAGGGUAUCAAAAAAAGAAACAGAAGUUAUUAGCCCCGUUUAUUACGGUUGGUGGUAAUUCUACUAAUCCACCGAGUAACUCACAUAUUCCUCGUGGUGGGAUUUUACUUCCUGGACUGAAUGAAAACUAUGCGAGCAAUUUAGCUCUACGAGAUGGUGAAGCACCAGAGUCUUUCAGAAAUGAACCUCAAAACGAUUCUCCAAUUAAUGCUCAAAACCGUAGAUAUAUACGUGAAAAUCAUCGCUAUCGGUCGGACAUCCGAGAUGAGGCAGUAAAGGAGGCUCUUGUACAAGCUCGACAGGAACCUCAUGAUGCCUUGGCACCUAGUAAACGCCAUGAUCUCAACCGUUUAUCAUACUUAAAUCAAGCUCAAGAGCGUGUUGUACCAGGUUCUGAUGAUUCCGACGAAGAUGUCUCCUCGACAUCGUCAGCUCAAGUUACACGCCUGCCGAAUACUGACCAGUCAUCAUCUGCCUUGUCUGAAGUGCCAAGUUCAAGUAUAUCAGCCAAUGGUGUUGUAUCUGAAAGGAAUCAAUUGAGAACAACUGCUUCAUCUGUUGUUAAUCCUGUGGUAAAUAAUCAACUGCCUACAUUUGAUCAUUUCGAUUUAAUGAAAAAGCGUAAACAACAGCAAUCAUCAUCAUCUGUUGAUCGUUAUGAUGAAGUGCCUUCUCUGAGUGAAAUUGCAUCAGCACAACCACCUAUUCGACGACAGUUGAAUAAUAGACCGUCGCAUUCAGAUACUAGUAGUCCUUGGAUUCAUGGAAAUCAAUCUGUUGUAGAACAUCAAAAUGGUAAUUUAGACGCUACAGCAAUGAUGAAAGCAGCUGAUUCAUUUGAACAAUUGGCAGCAUUAGCAGAAGCACAGUUAAGCUGUAAUAAUUUAGGUGUCUCUGGAGAUCCUAAUCCAUCUAUUAAUACACUAUUUCAUCAAUCUCAAGUCACUUCUACAGCUUAUCAACCCCAAACCUCAGUCAAUUCACAACCAUUGUCCAUGACACGGAAUGGGCAAAAAUCCCAUAUAUUUGGUGGUGUCAGCGUUCUUCCUAGUUACAGCAGCAGCAGUGGAGGCGGCGGCAACAGUGGUGUAACUAAUGGCGAUUCAGUCUGCACCAGUCACAACUUCAUUCCAUCCUCAUCAGCAUAUGAUCUUCAACAGGUACAACAAGAACAACAAUAUUCACAAUCAAAUCAUCCAGUUUCCUCGGCCUCAUCAUCCUUUGAUCUUGACAACAGUAGCGGUAGGAAAUUCUCAUCACCAGCUGCAACAGGACUAAGUGGACAAGAUACUUCUACGGAUAGUGGUCAAACCACUGGUCUUGUAUGCCAUAAUCGUGUAUCCGAAAAGAUUCAAAAGUUAGUCAACACUUUGAAACGUCCUAAAAGAUAUCCACUGCCAGAAUACUUUUUGGAUGAUGAAGAUCAGGUGCUUGUAAGACCUGUGGUUGAUCCGACAGCUCCGCGUCCAAGAGGUCUUCCAUCUGAACCGCUAGUUGGUGAAGAAUUAGUGAUACCUUCUGGCUUACCACGGAAUUUAGAGUCAGCCCUACAGCGUUAUGCUAGUUUAAGUUGUAAAACACCAGCGUUAACCUGUUUAGAUGUAUCUGGCCGGCCUACUCAAGUGUUGACUUAUGCAAAACUACUUCAGCGGGCUAUCCGAAUUGCCUACACUUUAUUAAAUAAAUUAGGUCAUCGUGGGGAACAAAGCUUGAAGCCUGGUGAUCGUGUUGCACUGGUAUAUGCUAAUAAUGAACCAAUCAGUUUUUUGUGCGCAUUCUACGGGUGUAUUUUAGCUAGUGUUAUUCCCAUAGCAAUAGAAGUUCCAUCAGCUCGUCGAGAUGCAUCAUGUCAAAGUAUGGGAUUUUUGCUGGGUAGUCAAGAUGCUAGAGUUGUAUUAGCUAGUGAACAGUGUUAUAAAGCGCUACAACGUAGUCCUAAUGGUGAUAUCUUACCAUUUCCUGGUUGGCCACGUGUUACAUGGAUUAAUACAGAUCAUCAUGCUAGUGGUAUAAAACCACCGAAAGAUUGGACUCCACCAGAUCGAUUAGCAAAUGAUGCAACUAUGUAUUUAGAGUAUACAUUUAGUAAAGAUGGAAGUGUACAUGGUGUUAUGAUAAGUCGACGUGCAGCUCUUUCACAUUGUCGUGCACUGACUGUCGCCUGUAAUUAUUCUGAAGAGGAUGUUGUUGUUUGUGUUGUAGACUGUCGUCGACAAACAGGUCUAUGGCAUGCUGUUUUAACGAGCGUCUUCAAUGGACUACAUGUGAUUUUUGUGCCUUAUUCAGUUAUGCAAAUAGAUCCUGGAUCUUGGUUACGUAUGGUUACAAAGUAUCGAGCAACUGUUGCAAUUGUAAAAAGUCGUGAUAUGCAUUGGGCUUUGUUAGCUGAACGUGAUCAUCCAAAUGUGAAUUUAUCUUCGCUACGUAUGCUUUUAGUUGCUGACGGUUCAAAUCCAUGGUCUUUAAAUUCAUGCGACUCUUUUGUACAAAAGUUUCGAGCACGUGGAUUUUGUCCUGAAGCUAUCUGUCCAUCUGCUGGAAGUUCAGAAACCCUUACACUUUGUUUACGUCGACCACCGCAUCAAAGUAAUUCAGCAAUGAAUUCAGUGAAUGGCAAGAUUGGUACCAACUUACGAUCUGAUUCGCUGACAUCUUCUGCGCCUAGUUCUGUGAGAGGUGUUAUCUCUAUCCACAGUCUUACCUAUGGUGUUGUACGCGUUGAUACUGAGGAUUCGUUAACAUCACUCACCUUGCAAGAUUGUGGACAAGUUCUACCUGGAGCUUCAGCAGUUGUUGUACGUCUGGGUCCUAAACCAAUAUUAUGUCAGACAGAUGAAGUUGGUGAAAUAUGUUUAUCUGCAGAUUAUACUGGUUCUGGAUAUUGGGGUCUUCGUGGACAGACUGAUGCACAUUUUCAUGUAGAACCUAUACAUGAAGAUGGUACUCCUGUAUGUUCAUCUACCGGUGGGAAAAGGUAUACCCGAUCUGGUUUUCUUGGAUUCCCCGGUCCAGCAUCAUCGGGUGGUUUAAUAUUUAUCUCCGGUUGUAUUGAUGGUUUAAUGACAAUUGCUAGCAGACGUCAUAAUGCUGAUGAUAUAAUUGCCACGGUUUUGGCUGUUCAACCGACAAAAAUUAUAUACAGAGGACGGAUUGCUGUCUUCUCAGUGGAUCUACUGAAAGAUGAACGUCUAGUUAUAGUGGCUGAAUUAAGACAAGGUUAUUCAGAUGAAGCUGCUUUCACAUGGAUGUCGCUUGUCCUACAAGCUGUUGACAGUAUUCAUCAAGUCAGUGUUUAUUGUUUAGCUUUAGUGCAUCAGAACACAUUGCCAAAAACACCUUUUGGUGGCAUAAAUUGUCAUGCUGUGAAGAAACUUUUCUCUGAAGGUCAUCUUCAUCCUACAGCCUUAUUACUUUGUCCUCAUUCAGCUAUACAAAAUUUACCGCAACCACGUCAACUUAGGCCAAGUUUAGUUGGCCCCUCAGCUAUGAUGGUUGGUCAGGUAGUUCAAGGUGUAAGGCUUGCUGAAGCUCGUGGAAGACCUAUAGGCCCACCGACAUCUUCUAAUAUAACAUCUGCAUCAUCGGAUAAUGGUUUCGAAUUAUUAACAGAAAUACUUAUUCAUAGAGCAAAUCAAACUCCAGACGAUAGAUUAUUUACUGUGUACAAUGUUAAAGGACAAGAAGCUUCAACGCUUACCUGUGUGCAACUACUACGUCGUUCAGAACGACUGGCUGCACAACUGAAAGAGAAGGGUAAAGCGCAAGUUGGAACAAUUGUAGCAUUACUUUAUCCUCCUGGUACCGAACUGAUUUGUGCAUUUUAUGCAUGUCUUCUAAUCGGUGCAAUUCCUGUGCCUGUUCGUCCACCUCGAAUCGAUUCGUGUCCUCCUAAUUCCAGCGGUGGUACAAGUGGUUCUGGUCCAAUCGGUUUAUUAUCUGGUCCACCUGGAUCAGGAUCAACACCUGGUCUAAGUUUAUUAGGCUUAGGAGGUGGAAGUCCUGGAGGCGGUAGCGGUGGCGGUGGCUUUAACGGGAAUUCUGCUGUUGGCGGCAGUGCUGGUCAACUGUCCACUGGUACUACAGGCAGCUUUCCUAAUGUGUAUUUUCGUCCAAAUGCGCCUAGUUUAGAUGCUUCAUUGGAUUUAGUGUGGAAUGUUGUCAAGCAUUCUGGCGCUUCAGUUAUUUUCACGCAGACAAGUCUGUUCAAAUUAUUGAAAUCUAAGGAAGCUGUCAAUCGUAUACCGUUCAAUCAUUGGCCAACAAUACUUGAUUCUGAAGAAUCUAGUCGUCGGAAAUCCACUGUGUCACAGCUGCAACCAUGUUUAGAACAACCAGUUGCCUAUUUAGAUUUCGCUGCAUCGACCACAGGUACAUUAACUGGUAUCCGUGUAACACAUCAAGUUGUCUAUGCAUUGUGUAAAGCUCAAAAAAUGCAAUGUGAAUUUUAUCCAACCCGUGAAGUUGUACUCAGUCUGGAUCCGUAUUCUGGUCUUGGAUUCACUCUGUGGGCGUUAACAUCUGUCUACUGUGGACAUCAUUCAGUGUUAAUACCACCGAGUGUAACCGAGGUUGUACCUGAUUUAUGGCUUAAUAUUUGUAGUCAAAGAAAAGUUCGUGAUGCAUUCUGUUCUCAUUAUACUAUGGAGUUAGCUACACGUUAUCUUGCUAAACAAAUGACUGUUUUAAAGCAACGUGAAAUCAGUUUAUCAAGUAUACGCAGUUUAGUUGUUGUCGCUGAAGAACGACCACGAGUUCAUUUGACGGCUACAUUUACAAAAUUAUUUGCUAGUUUAGGUUUAAUGGGACGUGCUGUAAGCACAUCAUUUGGUUGUCGUGUCAAUUUAGCUAUUUCAUUACAGGGGGCUAGUUCACCAGAAAGUACAACUGUCUAUGUGGAUCGUGUUAGUUUACGUAAUGAUCGUGUGAAAUUACUUGAAAAAGGAUCACCGCAUAGUCUAUGCCUUAUGGAAUCAGGAAAAUUAUUACCUGGUGUACACGUAGCCAUAGCUAAUCCAGAUACACUUGGUCAAUGUGCUGAUUCACAGUUAGGUGAAAUCUGGGUCUCAUCACCGCAUAAUUCAACUGAUUUACUGGGACCAUUUGAUAGUGCUAGUUUAAAUCGUUCAAAUGGGAGUGUUUCACAACCAGUAGCUGGUACAAAUGCUACAGAUUCAUUGCAUGCUCGUUUGGUUACUGGUGACACAGAACGAGUUUAUGCACGUACAGGUUUUCUAGGCUUUGUUCGUCGAACUGAACUGACACAAUCAGAUGGAGAACUGCAUGAUGCAAUAUUUGUAGUCGGUAGUCUAGAAGAAACCAUACUAUUGCGUGGAAUGCGUUUUCAUCCAAUCGAUAUUGAAAAUACUGUAAUGCGUUCACAUAAGAAAAUAUGUGAAUGUGCUGUAUUCAGUUGGUCUAAUCUACUAGUUGUUGUCGCUGAGUUAGCCGGUGAAGAGAAUGAAGCCAUGGAUCUUGUUCAUCCGAUUACAGCACACGUAUUAACUGAGCAUCAAAUGAUUGUUGGUGUUGUUGUUGUCGUUGAUCCUCGGACAGUACCAAUCAAUCCAAUGGGUGAGAAACAACGUAUCCUGUUAAGAGAUAGUUUUGUCAAUGAUAAACUUGAUCCAAUCUAUGUAUCGUAUAAUAUGUAAAAUUGUAAAAUGCUCUUUCUCUCUCUAUCCUUCUUUGCUUGCUAUCUUUGAUCUUCACCAAACAUGUGUGCAGUCAGUGUGUUUGUGUGUGUGUCUGUCACAUAUAUACAUAAAUUUUGUGUAGUUGCUUUUCCACUUUCUUUCUUUCUUUCUUUAUUUUUUCUGUGACAAACAGAAACAACCGUGGUGAUAACACAGUAUCAAUGAAUUAAUCAAUCAACCAAUCAAUGGUUUCUUUUUUUUCGUUUUUUACUCGCCACCCCCUUUUUUCAUGAUUACCUGGAAGUGUUAGGAUAUAUGAAUAUAUAUAAUAUGUAUUAAUAAUUAUGUAUCUAUCUCCUUCCCUUCACUUCUCUUCCGGUUCCCGUCUUUCCCACUCUCCUCCUCCUCUUCCCAUUCAACGAAGUCAUCGUAAUAUGGAAAAUGCCAUUUUUUAAUUUCUAGUGUGCAACGUUGUUUUCCCCCGCCUUUUUUAGGAUUAUUUACUAAUUAUGUUUUUGAACAAAAAACAACAACAACACAAAGCAAUAUUGUUUUCACAGAUCAUGAUCAUUUUGUAAUUUCAACAGAUCUAUCUUCUAAGGAGAAAUGUGCAUAUACUACUUUAUACACCACAGUGUAUCUUCUUUUGUUUUGUUUUUAUUUACUCAUUGAUUUCAAUGUUACGUUUAUCAUCAAUUGACUUAUUUUUCCUGCUUCAUUUGAACAUUUUUCCUCUCUGUGUGUGUGUGUGAGUGAGUGAGUGAGUGGUCAACAGUUGUCACAAUCCCCUAGGUCGUCCUAUAACACUGAAGCAUUUCCCUGUGUAUAAAAUAAAAAAAUAAAGAGGCAAUAAAUGAAGUGGGAAGUACAGUGAACCUUUUCUUCCAUGUAUUGUUACUGUGGUUGUUUUCAAUUCUUUGUGUCUGUUUGUAUGUGUGUCUGUUAUUGUAACCGGUGGUUUUCGGCUCAUGUUCUGUUUUCCCUCCUUCCUUUCUUACCCUUUCCUUCUCCCACCAUUUUCAUGUGCUCGUCUCAUUUAUACAAACAAGGAGAGGAUUGAAGUAUCAUAACAAUAUAGGCGUUACAUUUCACACACAAUGCCUACAAUGUUGUACAUUUACUGAAAAAAAUGAAACAGAGUGUAUAAUAAUCUCUUUGGUGAUGUUGUUAUACCUAUGCAUAAAUAGUAUAUUACAAAAUGAUUGAUUACUUCUUUUUUUUAAAUCCUGUUUAUUCUGUUUCUACAGGUGUUGUUUUUCUUAAAAUUCCUAAUCAUGCAGACUCCUGAUCUCUCCAAUGCUUCUUCUUACUUAUUCUAUGAGUGUUUAUUUGUAUAAGUCAACAUGGAUAUGAGCUUAGACACUUAGAUACUUUGGGUGUGUGUUCAACUGUGCCCAUGUCUUUCUUUCUUUCUUUACUGUCUACUAGUUUAUUUAUAUUCAUUAUUUGUAUGUGACAUAAUUUAUCUUGCAGGUGUGUGUGUGUGGGGGGUUGCCCUCCUCAUCCCCAUCCUCAUCCUUCUUGUCCCUUUGCUGUUACUCCUUUCUUUCUCUUCUCUUCUCAGAAUGAUUCACUGAACCACACUAUUAAAAAUAAGAAAGUGACGAUUAUGCAAUAUAUCACCAUAUACAUACAUACAUAAUAUAAAUAAAUAAAUAGUCUUCUGAUGUAUUCUAUUCUAUUAUUUUAAAACAUGCUGUCUCUUUUUGAUCCAUUUGGCCUUAUGAUUUUUAUUUUUAAACUUUCAAAAGUUUUAUAUUCCUCAUUUCAUUGAUUUCUUUUCUUCUCUGUUUUCAUUUCUGCUUCUAUACUGUUUUUCUUUUGAUAUUAUUGUGUAGUCGUCAAUUGACAUGUUUGAUAAUAUUAUUGUUAUUAUAAUAUUAAUAAUUAAUAUUAUUAUUACUAUUGUCCACACCACUCUGACCAAGAUAUCUUGUAUUAUAAUAUGCUGUGGAUAUAAAAAGUUGACAAAGCCGAUUAAUUGACUGUCUGCCUGGCUGACUGACUGAUUGAGUGACUGACACGCUAGCUGAUUGAUUUAUUCACUUCUAUAUAUA